AUGGAAGAUGCCACGAAAUCCCUCUUGGAGUACGGCUCACCGCAUGAUUGUCCGGUGAGUCAUAUCGAUAGUUUUCUAGAGAAAUGUGAUACAAUGAAAAUGAAUGGUGUUAUAGAUGAUGUUAUUAGACUUCGCCUUUUCCCUUUCUCAUUACGGGAUAGGAAUCCAACUGAUGCAAAGGAGUUAGUUGAGAAAAUGGCGGCCAAUGAUAACUAUCAUCCAGGUGGCCGAAAUAGUGUGAAAAAAGGAGGUAAAUUAGAUGUUGAUGCUUUAACUCUUUUGACUAGUUCUGUGCAGGCAUUGACAAGCAAGUUCGAUAGGUUCCAAGCUAGAACAUCCACUAGCUCACUUGAGAUUUGUCAAUUGUGUAAUGUGGAAGGUCAUAUUGCACCCAAUUACCCAUAA